AAGGAGGUCUAAGUAAACCGUGUGCACAAGUAGAAGUGCGAUCCAACCUGUCAAGGCAGUUACACGACAGUAACGCCUGUUUGGACGGUCUAGAUUUCAUCGUCUCAGGAUUCUUGUCACACUGUUAGGGUUUUGUUACAGACAGUGACUCUGUGAUUACACCUAUAUAUACACUCCCCUCCCAUUGAUAUAUAUCGUGUAUGUAUAUCACCAUCAAAACAUUCCCCGUGCAAACUUGAAUAUACAUAAUCUUGUAUAUACCCUCAUUCCUCUCCUCUUGUUCAUCAUUCUACACCCCUAAAAAAAAAAAUUAAAAAAUUUUAUUUCGUGAUCAUGGGGCUUCUGUGUUGUUGAGUAAGAAGAGAAGAGGGGAGCUUAGUUGUUGAAAAAGACCCGAAAAAUCGGACCUUUUUAAGUGGGCUUUGAUCAGAAAUGGCAGAGGUGAAAGAUGAAGUUCAAGUGAAUUCUGCUGGUGGUAGUAGGGCCCGGGUGGGUCCCAUAUCUCUGUAUGUUGCUGAUUUGGAGCACAAUGUGAGUGAUAAACAGCUUUAUGAAGUGUUUAAUCAGGCUGGUCAAGUGAAUUCUGUUCGAGUUUGUAGGGAUUCCAACACAAGAAGAUCACUUGGUUAUGGUUAUGUCAAUUUCUCCAAUCCUCAAGAUGCUGCAAAAGCAAAGGAGACGCUGAACUACACUUCUCUAAACGGGAAAACCAUUAGAAUAAUGUUUUCUAACCGGGACUCUAGCACGCGCAUAAGUUCCGGAAACAUUUUCAUAAAGAAUUUGGACAAGUCGGUUGACCACAAAGGACUACAUGACACAUUUUCUCCAUAUGGCAACAUUCUCUCUUGCAAAAUUGCUACAGAUUUCUCUGGUCAGUCGAAGGGAUAUGGCUUUGUGCAAUAUGACAGUGAGGAAAGUGCACAAAAAGCUAUUGAGCAGCUAAACGGUAUGCUGAUAAAUGAUAAACCACUUUUCGUGGGACCUUUCCUUAGCAAGCAGGAAAGAGAGUUGGCUGCAGAUGGGUCAAAGUUUACCAAUGUCUAUGUGAAAAAUCUAUCUGCAGCUAUGACGGAGGAAGAUUUAUACAACAUAUUUGGCGAAUUUGGAAAAAUAACGAGUAGUGUUGUUAUGAAGGACACUGAUGGGAAGUCUAAGUGCUUUGGGUUUGUUAACUUCGAGAAUGCUGAUGAUGCUUCUAGAUCUGUACAAGCUCUUAAUGGAAAAAUAAUUGAUCAAAAGGAGUGGUAUGUUGGAAAAGCACAGAGAAAGUCUGAGAGGGAACAAGAACUUAAACUUAGAUAUGAGCAAAGUGUGAAUGCAUCUACUGACAACGCGUAUGGGCUGAACCUGUAUGUUCAGAAUUUGGAUGAUAGUUUUGAUGACACUAAGCUUAAGGAAGUGUUUGCUCCCUUUGGUACUGUAACUUCAUCCAAGGUAAUCCAUGAUGCUAUUGGGCUGAGUAAAGGACUAGGCUUUGUUUCAUUUUCAGCUGCGGAGGAGGCUUUAAGAGCAAUCUCAGAGAUGAAUGGCAAGAUUGUCGGCAGCAAACCUCUUUAUGUUGCACUUGCACAAAGUAAAGAAGACAGAAGAGCAAGGCUUCAGGAACAACACUCCAAUAUGCAUCCAGUUGCAGUGACUUCUUUAGGUCCUCGUAUGCCUAUGUAUCCCCCUGGUGGUCCAGGUCUACCACAAAGAUUCUAUGGACAAGGCCGUCCUGCCUUCAUUCCCCCUCAGCCUGGUUUUGGUUAUCAGCCGCAACUUAUUCCAGGCAUGAGGCCUGGCGGACGUCCCAUGCCCAAUUUUUUGGUGCCCAUGCCUCAGCAGGGGCAGCAAGGUUUGAGUCCUGGUGUUAGCAGACAUGCUGGAAUGCAUGCUCUCCAGGCAGGUCUCCCAAUGCAGCCGCAGACUUUUCCAAGAGGUGCAUACCACCCCCCACAUGGUCGUGGCAUGCCAGUUCCAAUGCGUGGAAUGGUGCCUCCUCCAUUCAAUGUCGGUGGGAUGCAAGAUGAUGAUGAGGAUGAUUAUCCUAAAGGUUGUCUGCCAAUCUCGUUUGAGGCCUUCGCUUAUUUACUAGAAAAAUCCACUCCAGAAGACCAGAAAUUGAUGUUGGGAGAAAACCUCUACCCGAUGGUUGAAAAGCUGGAACCAAAUUUGGCCGCGAAGGUAACUGGUAUGCUUUUGGAGAUGCCCAGAAGUGAAAUUCUGCCUUUUUUUAAAUCAAAAAAAGCGCUUAAAGCAAAGGUCGCCGAAGCUUUGCAGGUUCUCAAAAUUGCUAAACAGAAGGCUGGUACCCCUGUUGGGCAACCAGCUGCAUCGUCGCCUAAAGAUGGCGUUGUAUCCUAGGUGCCUGGGGGCAUAAGGAUUUACUAUGUUAUGCAUAAGUGAAUGGUUUUGAGACAUAAUUUAGUGCAGCUUAGGUGGAUUUGGAGUUUGUUAAACUAAGCACAACGAACUAACCAUGGGUUUUGUUUAUUGCUGCACUAAAUAGAUAUAUAUAUAUCUAAUAUUAGAGAUUAUAACCGGUUUUUGUUUUGGU